UUGGUCUCGUCCAGUCCUCUGUCUUUCUGUUAAUUAGUCUGUUAGUUUAAUAUUGGUUUCCACCUGUCUCUUGUUUUACCUUGAUCAUUGUCCACCUGUUCCCUGUUACCCAUUGUGUAUGUAAACCCUCUGUCUCCUCUCCGUCCUUGUCGGUUAUUAGUCUAUGUUUAAAAUAAAGAUUCUUGCAACUCUGAAGAUUGCCUUGCCGUACUUUGCCCUACGUUUGAGUCAAGCCCUUGCAACCGUGACAGAAUAACCGACCCACAAACAUGGAAGAAGGCAAGUGUUUUUAUUUUAAUUCCGACUUGCCACUGCACCUAAUGCCCUGGGAGCUGUUCUGGGAGGAUGAAGAGGAGGGGGAAACCACUGAGGACGACUGGUCCUCUGAGGAGGAUGGACCAGGUCCCUCUCCAGUCCCAGCUCCCCAACGCCCUGGGCCUGCAGUUCUUCCAGUAGCUCGAGCUCCAGUCCCUAUUCCGAUUCUGGCUCCAGCUCCAGCCCCGAUUCCGGCUCCGGCUCCAGCCCCGGCUCCGGCUCCAGUCCUGAUUCCGGCUCCAGCUCGCUCUCCAGCCCCGAGUGAGGCUCCUGUGCCGGCUCCUGAUCCUGCUCUGACUCCGGCCCCGAGUCAGACUCCUACACCGGCUCCGGCUCCAGUCGCGGUUUCGACUCCUGCUCCGGAUCUGGCUCCAGCUCCCGAUCCAGCUCCGACUCGGGCUUCAGCUCUGACCGGUCAUCCAUCGGGCCGUCCGCCUGACCCGCCGUCUCCGACCGGCCGUCCGCCUGACCCGCCGUCUCCGACCGGCCGUCCGCCUGACCCUCCAUCUCUGAUCGGCCGCCCAACGGGUCGUCCGCCUGACCCUCAGUCUCUGACCGGCCGUCCGCCUGACCCUCUGUCCCUGUCCGGCCGCCCGCCUGACCGGACAGGCCUGACCGGGCGUCCACCUGAUCCUCCGUCCCUGGCCAACCGUCCGCCUGACCCUCCGUCUCUGACCGGCCGUCCACCAGGUCGUCCACCUGACCCUCAAUCUCUGACCGGCCGUCCGCCUGACCCUCUGUCCCUGUCCGGCCAUCCACCUGGCCGGCCGCCCGCCUGACCCUCCUGCCGUUAGCCCCCUCCGCCCACCCUGUUUGGACCUUUUUUUUGUUUGGGCCGUCUGGAAUCCGGCCCUUGGAGGGGGGGUAAUGUAAGGGUCCUGUCCGUGCUCCUUUGUUUGUUCCCCAUGUGCUUUGUGUUUACCUGCCUGUCACCUGUCUUUGUCUCUGCCCCAUCUCCUUAUUUGGUCUGUGCUUCCUGUCUUGUUAGUUUUCCCUCCGUUUCUGUUUCCACACCUGUUCCCCCGUUAUUGUCUUGUUGGUCUCGUCCAGUCCUCUGUCUUUCUGUUAAUUAGUCUGUUAGUUUAAUAUUGGUUUCCACCUGUCUCGUUUUACCUUAAUCAUUGUCCACCUGUUCCCUGUUACCCAUUGUGUAUGUAAAUGUCUCCUCUCCGUCCUUGUCGGUUAUUAGUAUAUGUGGUUUAUGUUUAAAAUAAAGAUUCUUGCAACUCUGAAGAUUGCCUUGCCGUACUUUGCCCUACGUUUGGGUCAAGCCCUUGCA